GUCAGUUGAGCUCAGCUGAAGGCAAAGGAACAAAGAAAGAUCAAGACUCGGUAGCUGCUUUAGACAAAAGGAAAGUGAGAAGAGUCAAAGUCCCUUGUGAUGGAGAAAUUUAAGGCUGCUGUCUUGCUGGCAGGGGUAGGGGAUGCUCUUGGUUAUCGAAAUUUCACCCGAGAAAACAGUGCUUUAGGUGCAAAGAUCCAAGAGGAACUAAAGGAAAUUGGAGGACUUGAGAACCUGGUGCUGUCUGGAGACAAAUGGCCAGUGAGUGACAAUACCCUCAUGCACAUGGCUACAGCAGAGGCUGUCAUCACAGAUUACUGGUGUUUAGAAGACCUGUAUCGUGACUUGGUAAAACGCUAUGUUGAGAUCAUUGACAAACUUCCAGGGAAAUGGUCAGACCCCGCUACCAUUGAAGGUUGUUCACAGUUAAAACCAGAUAACUAUCUCCUAGCUUGGCACACACCAUUUAAUGAAAAGGGUUCUGGAUUUGGAGCCGCUACAAAAGCCAUGUGUUUAGGGAUGAAAUACUGGAAGCCUGAGAGGCUAGAAACUCUUAUUGAAGUGAGCAUCGAAUGUGGACGAAUGACUCAUAAUCACCCUACAGGCUUUUUAGGGUCCUUUUGUACAGCUCUGUUUGUAUCAUAUGCAAUACAAGGAAAACCACUUGUGCAGUGGGGAAGGGAAAUGAUGAAGGUGGUCCCAAUGGCUGAAGAAUAUUGCAAAAAGACCAUUCGACACAUGGCAGAAUAUCAGGAGCACUGGUUUUACUUUGAAGCCAAAUGGCAGUUUUAUUUGGAGGAGAGAGAAAUCACUGACGAUAAUCAGAAUAAACCCAUCUUUCCUGAUAAUUAUGAUGCCGAGGAGAGAGAAAAGACUUACAGGAGGUGGAGUUCUGAAGGACGAGGUGGAAGAAGAGGCCACGAUGCUCCCAUGAUUGCAUAUGAUGCUCUUUUAGGAUGUGGUGGUGACUGGACAGAACUUUGCAACCGAGCAAUGUUCCAUGGGGGUGAGAGUGCAGCCACUGGAUCUAUUGCCGGCUGCUUGUAUGGAUUGCUUUACGGCCUGAACAAGGUUCCCAAAGGCUUGUACCAGGAUCUUGAACUGAGGGAGAGGCUAGAAUACUUGGGCGAGUCUCUUUACCGACGAUCCACAGAGGAAAAGUAAAGCAGUUUCUGCCAUUUUUCUCUUUCUAUACAGACUCUGUCAAACACUGUAGAUAACUGACUAAUUAUAAUAACACUGUUCUAGGCUGGUGAGGUUUAGUUCUAAAAGGCUAUGUGUAUAAGUGCGGUUAGCUGAGUCAUUCAGGAGUAACUGGACACUGUAAAUGUUCAGUUUUUCAUAGACACAGGGACUUUGAGUAUCGAACUUGCUCUUAAAGUACAAUUCAGGUCAGUGAGAUUAUUUUAAAUAAAAAAUAUAUAAAUAACUAAACCCCUCUUAUUAUCAAAAUUCUGCCUACCUUGCUAAUGCCACCCCUAAACGCUAUUAUCAGUAGUCUCUUGUACACAUAUAUAAUUAAUUUUCAAAACUAAUGCUUUUUUGCCGAACUAAUAGUAUGAUCCUUUUGUGAGGAUGUUUAGUUCUCUGUAGAUUUUAAACUUUUGACAAUUCUUCCACCUCCAUCUUUCCUCCUCCUCACAUCUAAUGUCUCUGUAAUAUUUGCAACCCUAAUGUGUCACAGAUUAUUCAUUAAUGAAAUGUUAACCCUUUGUCAGCACUAUGGUGUAUAUGUAUUGUUAUGUGAGAAGCUUCCAGAAAGGAAAGGCCAACACUAGCAACACUUCCAAGGUACAGCGAAGCAUUAUUGUGUUUAACAUUUCUGCAUUAUUAUGUUUUUUUUUCACUCUAGACUCUUCAAAACUCUUUAAAAAAGUUAACUGGCUGA